GGCUGUCUUCAUUCAUUCCCUCUGAGUCAGACGACCGUUACAUCUGCAUAUAUACUGAUUCAGAAAGCCAUGAAAUAGGCAUAAGGUAACCUAGGCUAUCUACAUAAGCUACAUUAUUCCAUCACAUACACUCAGCUAACUAGGCAACGUGAAAUCUAUGCGUAGGUAAGUUUAUUUACAAGACUACUUAAACACAUAGAGAACCCCCAGUUUGGCUUUCCUUCAAACCCCAGAAAAAAAUUCCCCCUUAUUCACCAUGAAAGAAAUUUGUCCCGAUACAACUCGCAGAACAACGAUUUCAAUAUGUCCUCCCAAGACAAUAGUCCCGAUAGCGACUUAGACGUUGCGAUAAAUUACCUAGCGACACGAAGCACCACACCCACGCCAAAAGACACAAACAGCACGAAUAAUACCAACUAUACAAACACAGACUUUAAUUCUGUCAGCAGCUCUGAGAAUCAGCCACGCAGCGAGAAUCCUAAAACUGUGAGAUGGGCCGAGCCAAUUGAGUCAGAGAUUCCGAAUACUCCCUCUCAUGACUCUGCUCCAAAGUCAGCCUAAAUCGAAUUUCUGGGAGAUAGGUAUAUUAGAUUAUCUAUAAUAUUGAUUUCUGCUCUUCAUUUCUUGGUCUCUUAGCGAUAUCGGUACUCUCUCGAUCGACAGAUACAUCGGAUCUCAUGAUAGUUCAGUAUUUAUACAUCAAAUUGCUUCUGUUUGAGCCAUAAGUAAUAGUUGCGAUUUGUGGAUACCUUUGGGCUGACGCCAACUGGAGAUAUUUUCGGUGUUUCCG